UGGGCCGCGGCGGGCGGCGCGGGGGGCGUUACCAUGGCGGCCCUGCGCGCGUAGCCUUCCCGGCUCGCAGAGCCAGAGCCUGUGCGCGGAGCCGGAGGCCGGGGCGCCAAGGCUGCUGGGGGGCGAGGCCAGGCGGGGGGCGCCGGCCUCGCGUAGAUCUCGGGCGGCGGGUGCGCGCGGCGGCUCAGGCAGUGAGUGAGAGAGUACGGCGCCGCCGGCGGCGCACGGAGGAUGCAGGCCAUGGACCCUGCUGCGGCCGAUUUUUACCAGGAGGACGGCAAAGACUUAGACUUCUACGACUUCGAGCCGCUCCCCACUCUGCCGGAGGACGAGGAGAACGUGUCCCUGGCCGACAUCCUCUCCCUGCGGGACAGCGGUCUCAGCGAGCGGGAGGCCUGGGCCGUGUGCCUGGAGUGCAGCCUGUCCAUGAGGAGCGUCGCGCACUCGGCCAUCUUCCAGACCCUGUGCAUCACGCCCGACACCCUGGCCUUCAACACCAGCGGGAAUGUGUGCUUCAUGGAGCAGCUCAGCGACGACCCUGAGGGAGCCUUUGUCCCCCCGGAGUUCGAUGUGACUGGGAACACCUUUGAGGCCCACAUCUACUCUCUGGGGGCCACGCUGAAGGCAGCCCUCGACUAUGUGACGGACCCCGAGCCCCAGCCCAGGCUGAGCCGGGAGCUGGAAGCGCUGCUGGGCCAGAUGCAGGCCGAGGACCCCCGGGACCGGCCCGACCUGCAGAGCAUCAUCGCACUGUGCGAGGAGAAGAUGCAGCUCACGUCCUCCUGCCGCCUGUGCCAGAGCCUCUCGGCUGCCGGGAGGAGGGUGCUCUCCAUCGAGUCCUUCGGGGCGUUUCAAGAUGUCAGUGAGAUCACCUGGAGGGCGAGACUGGCUCCAAAAAGUGUGGGGCCCAAGAGGCAGCCAGGGGACCGCUCCGCGGACCCAGCGGCCCUGCCUGCCCUGGAGGGCCAGCCCCCGAGCCCCGCCGGAGAAAGCCUGGAGCACCCGGGGACCCCGCCCUCCAAGGCUCUGCUGUCAGCCCCUGCGAAAAACGGAGAAAGCCCGGGCCAGGAGGGGCUGGCCCCCGAGAGGCUGGCCUGCCUCCUCCUGGAUGCCCAGCGGCCCCUGGGGGACCCGGACAGAGGCUUCCUGGAGAGGAGCCGCCUGAGGAAGGUGCAGACGCUGCCCCGGCUCCUGCCCUGCAGCCCCGAGGCCGGCGCCCUCUGCCUGUCGCUGACCAGCACGAAAACCCAGCCACGGGCACCAGAAUUCUUCCCUCCAGACCCCAGGAAGACCUUUCCGGAGGGGAAAAAUGGCCUUACCAGCUCCCAGGCACAGCCCGAAUCCAGUCUGUGGCCGGAGCGAGACGCCGAGCUCCGGCGCGUUGGGGACAGGGGGGCGCGUGGCCGGGGCCCCGCGGAGGAAAGCCCCCCGCCCGGUUCCAAGGGCCCUCGCGAUGCCGGCAGAGACCCAGGGACUCCCGAGCCUGAUGACGGGACUGCGGACAGAGCCGGGGAGCCGGGCGGAGCAGCCCUGGAGCAGGGCGUCUCCCUGCAGGACCUCCUGUCUAAGCUGGGCCGGCCCUUCAAGGAGUACGAGCUCUGGGCUCUGUCCCACGCAUGCCUCAGCACCCUGCGGACGCACGGCCAGCACCCAGCCUACCUGUGUCUGGACUCCGUGCUGGUGGCCGAGGAUGGAACUGUGCUUUUUGGGCCACCUCCCGCCAGCGUGGGUUUGGGGUUUUCUGUCUCAGGUGCUUACAACUCGUUCUUUCUGGCUCCCGAGGUCGCAGAGCAAAAGCUGACGACUGAAAAGGCGUCUGUGUACUGCGUGGCCGCGAUCCUGUGGACAGCAGCCAAGUUCAGCAUCCCCCGAGACCACAAACUGGCCCUGCCACGCAGGCUCAAGACGCUCCUCCUGCACAUGGCCAGACGCAGCGCCCAGGAGCGGCCGUCCGCGGCUGAGGCCAUCGAGACCUGCAGCGGUUACCUCCUGCACAGAGGUAUGGACAGCAGAAAGAUCCUAGCCCACCUGAGGGCAUCGACCUGCACGGUUUGCCAGGAGGAAGAGACCAUCGGUCUGCAAAACGCCUUCUUGGUGACUGAACUGAGCCCCAGCACAGCAGCUGCGCCCAGGCCCGGCUCAGGCUUCCUGCAGAUCAGCAGUGACAGCAGGCUGGUGGCCGUGCAGGGGCCAGUGCCCAGUCAACCCUCCUGCCUCCAAGGGGCCACGUUGCUGCCAGAGGCGUUCGCCUCCCCGGCCACUCACUUCAGGCCCAUCGUCCUCGCUGCCAAUGCUGGUGUCGCCAGGGACACGCUCGCCCUGACCUCGGGGCCGGCUGAGGGGCCUGAGGAGAGGAGAGGCCGGCUGGACGGGGAGGGUGAUGGGAAGCAGGCGCCUGAGGCCCAUGGAGCGGCCACGGGCCUGAAGACGCCUGACCGACCAGCACCCGGUUCCCCAGAGCCCCUCAGAGAGUCGGCGCCAAGAGACUCAGCCCAGGGCUGCCCCAGCCCCCCAGCCCCUGCCCCGGCCAGCCCGCUGGAAGGGGCUUCACUGGUGAUGCCCAAAUCCCCGGCCCCGCCCACGACAACACAGAUGCCACCCCCGGAGCGAGGGCCGAAGGAACCCAUCCCAACUGCAGCUGCUUGUGGAGGCCUCGAGCCCCGCCUCCCCGGGCCCACCGCAGCCCCCCACAGUCCUUGCCACCCAGCCAAGCCGCCCAGGGGCAGGGCCACCCAGGUCCCAGGCCAGGAGCCCGAGGGCCCCCCGUCAGCCCUGCGGAGCCCCUCGCCGGUCACAGGGAGUCCCGACGGCCCCGGGGGAGCCCCCGUCAGGGAGUGGGAUGACCGGGCCCCAGAAGGUCACCCGGAGUGGCCCUACCCAGCAGACCACAAGCCCUGUCCGUCCAGUGCGGAUGCCUCGCCCCUCUCACAGGGGACAGCCUGCCCAUCGCUGCAGGAGGCCACACGCCUCAUUCAGGAAGAGUUUGCCUUUGACGGCUACCUGGACCACGGGCUGGAGGCUCUGAUCAUGGGGGAGUAUAUUUACGCCUUGAAAGACCUCACCUAUGCCACUUUCUGUGGGGCCAUAUCGGAGAAGUUCUGUGACCUCUACUGGGGGGAGAGGUUGCUGCAGAAUCUUUUCAGAGUGGUGAACGGGAGGACGUCACCCUCCGAGAACACUUCCGAGGAGGCUGGGCCACAGCCCGAGAGCAGCGGUGGGACCAGCGCUCCGAGCACAUGCUCACCGUCCAGCAAAAGGCCUUCACAUCUCGGAGCGGGGAAGGAGAAGCCGAGCGUGGACUCAGACGAGCUCUCGCGGAGCAACUUUGAGGUGGGGUUUCGGCCUCAGAAGUCGGUAGCAGCUGGGAGGGAGCAGCCCCAGGCAGGAGAGGCCCGGCAGCAGGUCGGGGGCCUGGCUGGGGGCUCUGAGGCAGUGGCACGGCUAGCCCAGCCCCCGGAGGGCAGCCCGUCCGUGAGCCCAGGCCCAGGCGGCUUGCAGAGCUGCAGUCCCGGCUGGUGCAGCGCCUUCUACGAGGCCGACUGCUUCAGCGCCGACGUGCACUGCUACGCGAAGGAGCUGGCGAGGCAGAAGGCCGCCGGGUGCCCCGCCGCCAAUGCCCAGAGCCCGGCGUGUCUCCUGGAACCUGAGUGCAUGCAGGAGCUGGAGCAGCAGCUCGUGAUAGAGAAGAGAAACUUCCGGAAAACCCUUAAGUUCUACCAGAAGCUCUUACAGAAGGAGAAGCGGAACAAAGGCUCCGAGGUGAAGACCAUGUUGUCCAAACUGAAAGGGCAGCUGGAAGAGAUGAGGUCCAAGGUGCAGUUCCUCGGGCUGGUCAAGAAGUACCUACAGGUCAUGUACGCGGAGCGGUGGGGCCUGGAGCCCUGUGCCCUGCCCGUGAUCGUGAACAUCGCGGCCGCCCCCUGCGACACACUGGACUUCAGCCCCCUGGAUGAGUCUUCUUCCCUCAUCUUCUACAACGCCAGCAAGCGCCCGCGUGGCGGCCAGCAGAGGAAGGCCCGCGUCCUGCAGGCUGGCACACCGCUGGGGCUCAUGGCCUACCUCUAUUCCAGCGACGCCUUCCUGGAGGGCUACGUGCAGCAGUUCCUGUACACCUUCCGGUACUUCUGCAGCCCCCACGACUUCCUGCACUUCCUGCUGGACCGCAUCAGCAGCACCUUGUCCAGGGCCCACCAGGAUCCCACCUCCACCUCCUCCAAGAUCUACAGGCGCAGCUUCUGCCUCCUGCAGGCCUGGCUGGAGGACUGCUUCGCCGUGGACUUCAGGAGGGACGCUGGGCUCCUGGGGAGGCUCCAGGACUACCUCGCCUCCCAGAUCCUGCCCUUGGACGGCUCCGCAGAGCCCCUGUUGAGCCUCCUGGAGGUGGGCACCGAGCGGCGGGCUGAGGGCACCCCACGCAGCACAGACCUGCAGGACCCCAAGGAGGCGGGGGACACCGCCAGGCCCCUCAACGCCCUGUGGAAGAGGCUCUCAGAGGACGGCGUCUCCCGGAAGAGCUUCCCCUGGCGGCUAUCCCGGGGCAACGGGCUGGCGCUGCCCCACCACAAGGAGCGCCAGUACAGCAUCGCAUCCGCCCUGCCCAAGCCCUGCUUCUUCGAGGACUUCUAUGGCCCCUAUGCCAGGGCCAGCGAGAAAGGGCCCUACUUCCUGACCGAGUACAGCACCCACCAGCUCUUCAGCCAGCUGACGCUGUUGCAGCAGAGCCAGCUCCUCUGGGUCUCUGUCAGCCGAAACCUGCAGCUUAUUUCUGCCCAACUACGUCCAGGACACGUACCUGUUACAGCUUCUGAGAAGCGCAGACGACGUCAGCACCUGGGUGGCCGCCGAAAUCGUGACCAGCCACACCUCCAAGCUGCAGGUGAACCUGCUCUCCAAAUUUCUGCUGAUCGCGAAGUCUUGCUACGAGCAGAGGAACUUCGCAACAGCCAUGCAGAUCCUGGGCGGCCUGGAGCACCCGGCCGUGCGACAGUCCCCUGCCUGGAGAAUUCUACCCGCAAAGAUAGCAGAGGUCAUGGAGGAGCUGAAAGCCGUGGAGGUCUUCCUGAAGAGCGACAGCCUGUGUCUGAUGGAAGGACGGCGCUUCAGGGCCCAGCCCACCCUGCCCUCGGCCCACCUCCUGGCCAUGCACAUCCAGCAGCUGGAGACAGGGGGCUUCACCAUGACCAACGGGGCCCACAGGUGGAGCAAGCUCAGAAACAUCGCCAAGGUGGCGAGCCAGGUCCACGCGUUCCAGGAGAACCCCUACACGUUCGCCCCCGACCCCAAGCUGCAGUCCCACCUCAGGCAGAGAAUCGCCCGAUUCAGCGGGGCGGACAUCUCCAUUCUGGCCGAGGACAGCAGGGCUGGCGCCCACCAGGUGGCCAGCGAAAAGCACUCCAAGAAGAUUCAGGACAAGCUGCGGAGAAUGAAAGCCACGUUCCAAUAGCGCAGGACAGCGGGCUGGGUGUGCAGUCCACACCGAGGACAGACCUGGGGUGGAAGGGGCCGUGCCUGCUGUGUCAGACAGGGACCCCCACGGCCCAGGAGGGGCACCGGGGCGGGAGCACGGGCUCAGACCCAGACCCGAGAGAUGGCGCCAGGAGAGGCUGAGGAGGGUUUCUAAGGGAAUUUUAAAUUUAAAUUUAAAGAUUUAAAAUUUAAACCAAAAUAGGAUAAGUAAGCUCCCCAGGAGCCGAAUACCCAUUUAUAUUUCUCAAAGAUAAACAGCUUUCACCCAAUUCUCUGGCCAUUCAGCCCCAGAAACCCCGCACCCCAGCACCCAGCUCAGGCUUUAAACCCAGGCACCCACUGAGUAGUGUUCCCACGAGUCUGGUGUAUGUCUGCCCAACAACGAAGGGCCAGGACUGACCUCUGACCCCCCUGCCAACCACAGAUUCCAGGGGGGUUCUGAAACCUUCUCUUGGGGCCCCUGAGGCUCCCCGGGGUCCCAAGCCCCACCCUGGGCUUCCUCCCUGCCGGACCUCCCCCUCCUCCAGCCCCAACCCCUGGCUGCUCACCCAGGCCCAGGUGCGGGUGUCAGAGCCUCGCAGCCCUUCCUGCCAAGAGGCCCGGCCUUGCCUCCGUCCCAGCCCGGCCUCCUGCUGCUGGAGAGUGCCUCAUGGCUCCACACUGGCAGCUCCCAAGUGCCCCGUGGCCCCUGUGCCCACUGCCCCACCACCGAGAGCACUUCCUGGUGGGGCAGGUACACCUGGGCCGAGGCUCUGCUUCCAAAGCAUGCAGGACUCAGACAGCCGCUCCAAAGCAGAGACACAGCCUCAGGGGCCCUGAGAGCUUCCCUCUGCCCUACCUGGGGGCCUGGGGGCUGUAGAGCCAUGGCCGGGUCCCCCCCUUCUUCAGCAGCCAUGCAUGUGAUGCACACACCCACGCCUAGCUCCUGAGGCUGGCCGUCACCAGCGCUUUCUGACGAGGAAAUGAAGUCUGCUGCCUCGGUGGUACCAAGCUCUUCCCCAGGGCUGUUUCCAAACUGCGCUCGGCCAGGGGCAUGGGACCAGGACAGCACGUCACACCUCCACAGCAGGGAGGCCAGAGCCCUGGCACCAUCCCAGGCACCGUUUUUACGUUGCAAAUCGCUGCAAGACCCAAGACUGUUCUUUUAAGUUUUAGAAUUAGUGAUUCUUUAGCGCAGCCAGCUCAUGGUAUUUCUAGGAAAGCCACUACCUGUGAUAAAACACUGUUGUCAAGAUGUGUUUUCCCACAUAUAUUCAUUUGCAACAUCUACGUCCCGCUUUCGUGAGAGGCACUCCUGGCCCUGCAAACAUGGCUUUUAUAUGAGAAUUUGGUUCUGCAAAUCAACUCCUACAUUUUCAGGAUUUGAAUUCAACAAAGCGCCACAAAGCCUGAAAUGAAGUUAGCAUCCAAUGCAAAUAAACAUUCCAACUGUAACGGUUUAUCUGGGGGAGCGGCCAGGCUUCGGCUCCAGCACGACUGUCUGCAUGUCGCCCUCACGCGUGGUUUACGUUUCUAAAUAAAGUCGUUUCUACCAAGACGG